AUGGUAUCACAGGGACACAGUAACCUCCACACGCUCUGGCCCCCGCUCCCUCAGUCCCCCGCAGGAUCACUCAUGUAUCUGCAGCAGGCGUCAUGCCGUAACAAGCAGGUCACACCGCCGUGCUCGCUGCCCAUUACUGCCAACGUGGCGGCGAUAACGACUACCAUCCGGAGGUGGUCGGACGAGAGGACGAUCUCCCCCGCGGCCGGGUGCUCCUCCUGCGAAAGUGAAAAAGAAGAUAAAGGUGAGGGCGGCGAGGCGGGCACAGUCACUACCAAACCGCCAUGCAAGAGAAAAAAGUCUGCUAUUGUGUCGUGUGGGCGCCCGGCCAAGGUCGUCGGCAAAGUCAGCGUAUACUAA